AUGGACUUCACCGUGUACGAUUAUCCUCGCGAAAUCUGGAGCAUCUUGCCGGCCUGGGAGGUGGCACUGAAGACGGUCACCUUCCUGCCCGUCAUCCUGUUCGGCUUUCUGGGCAACGCCAUCCUCUGCUACAUCAUCGUGCAGAUACGAGCCCUCCGGACGCCGACCAAUCUGCUGAUCGCGAAUCUGGCCGUGGUCGAUCUGGCGACCGUGCUCGUCUGUCCGCUGAUGUUCAUGUUUCAUAAUUUCUACCAAAACUACGUACUCGGUGCCACGGGCUGCAAGCUGGAGGGCUUUCUGGAAGGAUCGCUGCUAAUCACGUCCGUGCUGUGCCUGUGCGCGAUCAGCUACGAUCGGCUCACGGCCAUCGUGUUCCCCAAACGCUCCCGCCUUACGAAGCGCGGUGCCAUCGUGCUGAUUGGCGUUUCGUGGGUCUGCGGACUGUUGCUAGCGCUUCCGCUCAGCAUGUACCGGGCGUACCGGGAGCGCCAGUGGCGCAACUACCUCGAGACGUACUGCGCCGAGAACACGACCUUCCUGCCCAGCUACUGGCACGUCCUGAUCGGUGCCCUCGUGUGGUUUCCACUGCUCGUCAUGUUCUGUUGCUACAGCUGCAUCUUCCUGAAGCUUGACCGCUACGAGCGCCGUGUCCUGCGGAAGGAGCAUCCAAUCUCGGUGUCGUACAAGCGAAAGGUUGCCAAGACGCUCUUCAUCGUGCUGGUGGUGUUCGUGCUGCUCCGCAUCCCGUUCACGACGCUCGUCUUCAUUCGCUACCGUCGCUUCCUGAACGACAACUCGGAUCAGAUCGGCAGCGACUUCCUGAUCCUCUGGUACGUGUCGCACUACCUGAUGUUUCUGAACGCGGCCCUCAACCCGCUCAUCUACGGCCUGACGAACGAGAACUUCCGGAAGGCGUUCCGCAAAAUCCCUCUCUCGCGGUUACUCUGCGUUCCGGCGCUGACCCGCCCGACCGGGAAGUCGAAGCAGCGGGCCAAGAACGGUGGUGCCGGGUGCGAUCCGGGAGCGAUCGCCGCCAUCGCUCGGCUACAGCCGCGGGCCCCGUGCGGCAACGAGAAGCUCGCCAACCUGUCCGGGUGGCUAAUCUGUCCGGCCGGACCACAGGACAAUCAGCCGACCAGCCCGUCGAAGGUUACGAACGUUUCCCAGCUGAAGCUAACGACGGACGAUACGCCGUCGAGUGGGACACCGGAAGCCCGCGGGAAGACACUCGGUUCCGAGGGCUUCAUAUGA